AUGGAAAAACUGCGAAUCAAGUAUUCUGAAAUGUACACCAUAGUCCCUGCAGAGAUUGAAUCCCAGGUGGAAGAAUGCAGAAAAGCUUUAGAAGACAUAGACGAGAAGGUUAGCAAUGAAGUCUUGAAAAGCUCACCAUCAUAUGCAAUGAGUAGAAAGAUAGAAGAAAUUAACAAUGGGCUUCAUAAUAUUGAAAAGAUGUUGCAGCAGAAAAGCAAAAACAUUGGGAAAGCUCGAGAAAUUCAAAAGAAAAUGUGGGAUGAGCUAGAUCUCUGGCACUCCAAGCUAAAUGAACUGGAUUCUGAAGUUCAGGACAUUGUUGAACAGGACCCAGGCCAGGCUCAAGAAUGGAUGGAUAACCUGAUGAUUCCUUUCCAGCAGUAUCAGCAAGUAUCGCAGAGAGCAGAAUCUAGAACCUCGCAGUUAAACAAGGCCACAAUUAAGAUGGAGGAAUAUAGUGAUCUGUUGAAGAGCACUGAGGCUUGGAUAGAAAACACCAGUCGUUUGCUGGCCAAUCCUGCUGAGUAUGACUCUUCAAGGACACUGAGUCACCAUGCUAGCACCCUCCAGAUGGCUUUGGAAGAUUCAGAACAGAAGCAAAAUCUUUUACAUUCAAUUUUCACGGAUCUAGAGGACUUGUCAAUAAUUUUUGAAACAGAUGACUUAACACAGUCCAUACAAGAGUUAAAUAGUCAAAUAACAUCUUUACAACAAAAAAUAAUGGAAAGCCUUCCACGGAUUCAGCGAAUGGCUGAUGAUGUGGUUGCUAUUGAAUCUGAAGUGAAAUCAAUGGAGAAAAGAGUUUCAAAAAUCAAGACUAUCCUGUUAUCAAAAGAAAUAUUUGAUUUUUCACCUGAAGAACAUCUUAAACAUGGAGAGGUUAUACUUGAAAAUAUACGUCCCAUGAAGAAAACCAUUGCUGAGAUAGUGUCUUACCAAGAGGAACUGAGGUUACCCCACACAGGAAUGAAACCUCUGCCUGUGUUUCAGCGUACAAAUCAGCUUUCACAAGAUAUAAAACUAUUGGAAAAUAUCACUCAAGAACAAAAUGAAUUAUUAAAGGUAGUCAUAAAACAGACCAAUGAAUGUAAUGAAGAAAUAGAACAUUUGAAACAGAUCUUAAAUAAUUAUUCAGCUGAGUUCUCUCUUGAACAUAUGUCACCAGACCAAGCUGCCAGCCUGCCGCAAGUACAGAGAGAAAUCGAAGGUAUGGAAAAGCAGAUUCUGAGUUUGAACCAGAAAAAGGAAGACCUGUUGGUGGACUUAAAGGCUGCUGUACUAAACCUUCACCAGCAUUUGAAGCAAGAACAACAAGAAGUAGAAAGAGAUGUGCCGUCCGCCGUGGCAGCAGAGGAGGAUGGAAUGGCCAAGAGGGAUGCUUCUGAGUGGAAGUUGAGCAGAACAGGCUCCAUGUCCUUCCUGCCAGCGGUCGAGGAAGAGGUGGAAGAAAGCUCCGGGAAGAGUGAAAAUGGAGAUAAGAAAGAAGAGCCAUCUUCCGGGUCUUGGUCUCUACUCUGGAAGCAUGACAAGGACAUGGAGGAAGAUAGAGCAUCCUCGUCCUCUGGAACGAUCAUUCAGGAGGCUGAUGAGAAAAUAAGCACCUGUGAUAGUUCAAUGGCACAGAUUCUUGCCUCAGACUCACUAAACACCGAGCAAGGCCCACAAUUUUCCCAGAGGUCCAACCAUGCAGAAAAGGGUGCCACACCUGUCAAGGCUGCUGCUCUGGACUUUGCCGAUGAGCAAGAAGCUCCUGAGGCCACGGUGGAGAAAACUAGGCCCGAGCCUGCAGAAGUCCUCCAUGUCUGCAAGAGCCAGGUGGCUGAGCUGGAGCUGUGGCUGCAACAAGCCAACGUGGCAUUUGAGCCAGAAACAUUAAACACAGACAUGCAGCAGGUGGUGGAACAGCAGCUGGUCGGGUGCCAGGCUAUGCUAACAGAGAUUGAGCACAAGGUUGCCUCUCUAUUAGAGAAUUGCAAAGAUCAGGGCCUAGGAGAUAGUGGAGCCACUCACCAUGAGGCUGAAGCACUUUCCCUGAAACUAAAAACUGUGAAGUGCAAUUUGGAAAAAGUGCAGAUGAUGCUUCAGGAGAAGUACAGUGAAGACCAGCGUGCUCUCCUUCCAAAGAAACCUUCAGAACAUCAGAAAGUUCUCCAGCCAGUUAACCUGUCUGAACUGGAAUCUAUUGUAACUGAAAGGCCACAUUUCAGCAAACAAAAAGAUUUCCAGCAGCAACAGGUUCUGGAGUUAAAACCAAUGGAACAGAAAGAUUUUAUCAAAUUCAUAGAAUUUAAUGCUAAGAAAAUGUGGCUCCAGUAUUGCCAACAUGAUAAAGAUACAACUCAAGAAUCAUCUGAGAGAAGCAACACAAGAUGUAACUCUGAAAAUGAGGCUCCAGACUUGAUCUUGUCAUCCCAGGGCCAAAGUGGAGAUAAAUGGCAAUAUCUACAUCAUGAACUGUCAUCAAAAAUAAAGUCACCUGUACCUCAGCUUGUGGAGCCUCAGGUUGCCACAAAUAUGAGUAUUCUACCCAGUGUGAGUGUGUAUAACUUUAGAUACCCAACAACUGAAGAACUGAAAACCUACACCACCCAACUUGAAGACCUGCGUCAAGAAGCAGAUAAUCUUCAGACACAGGAAAACAUGACAGAAGAAACGUAUAUCAAUUUGGACAAGAAGUUAUUUGAACUAUUUCUGACCCUCAGUCAGUGCCUUGGCAGAGUGGAGGAGAUGCUGCAGACACCUGGGCUUUUCAGAGAGGAUGUGUCUGCACAGCUGGUGCACUACGAGACACUGGCUCUUGAGCUGAAGAAACUUUAUUUAGCUAUGAGCGACAAGAAGCUUGAUCUUUUGAAAGCCAUGACUUGGCCUGGCAAGAACACCAGCUUGCUUACUGAAUGUUUUGAUAACCUUCAAUUCUGCCUGGAGCACACCCAAGCUACAGCUGCCUCUAGAAGCAAGUCCCUGAAAGCUGGCCUCAACUAUAACCACAGUUAUCAGAAUGAAAUAAAACGAUUAUAUGAUCAACUCAUUAAGAAUAAGACAUCUUUACAACAGUCUUUGAAUGAAAUUAGUGGCCAAAGUAUUGGUGAACAGCUGCAGAAAGCAGAUGCGUAUGCAGUAGAGCUGCAGAACUCUGAGAGCCGAGUGGCCAAACUAAGAGAUGAAGGGGAGAGGCUUCAUUUACCUUAUGUUUUACUCCAGGAGGUGUACAAAUUAGAGGAUGUACUGGACAGCACAUGGGGAAUCCUGAGAGCCAGGUACGCAGAACUCAGCAGCCCUUUCAUCACUGACAGCCAGCAAGAUGCUUUGUUGCAAGGCAUGGUGGAGCUGGUGAAUAUUGGAAAGGAAAAGCUUGCUCAUGACCACCUACACCAGACCAAAAGUAAAGUUGCUUUACAGGCUCAAAUACAAAAUCAUAAGGUUUUUUUCCAGAAGCUUGCUGCUGACAUGUUGUUGAUCCAAACAUACUCUGCCAAAAUGUUUCCUUCUUUAUUGCAAAAGAGAGAGACAUUUUGGAAAGAACAAGUAACAGAAGUUAAAUUACUAGAAGAAAGGUCACGCCAACAUGGCAUGAAGCUGCAGAGUUUGUUGCAGAGAUGGGAAGAAUUUGAUGAAAACUAUGCAUCUCUUGAAAAGGACCUGGAAACUCUCACAUCUACAUUGCCCUCUGUGAGUUUGGUGGAAGAGACAGAGGAAAGAUUAGUGGAACGGAUUUCAUUUUACCAGCAAAUAAAAAGAAGCAUUGACGGAAAGCAUGCCCGGCUUUACCAAACUCUGAAUGAAGGCAAACUGCUGGUGGCAUCUGUGAGCUGUCCUGAACUAGAGGGCCAGAUUGCAAAACUGGAAGAGCAGUGGUUGUCCCUCAACAAGAGAAUUGACCAUGAACUCCACAGACUGCAAACACUUUUGAAGCAUCUGCUCAGUUAUAACAGAGAUUCAGAGGAGUUAACCAAGUGGUUGGAGUCUUCUCAGCAAACUCUGAAUUACUGGAAAGAACAGUCCCUUAAUGUGUCUCAGGACUUGGAUACAAUCAGAAGCAACAUAAACCAAUUUUUUGAGUUUUUGAAGGAAGCUGAUGAAAAGUCCUCGUUGAAGACUGCAGUUAUAAGUACUGGGAACCAACUUCUUCACCUGAAAGAAGCUGACACAGCUACUCUGAGAUCUUCAUUAGCACAGUUUGAACAAAAAUGGACAAUGCUUAUAACUCAGCUUCCAGAUAUCCAAGAAAAACUUCACCAGCUUCAGAUGGAGAAAUUGCCAUCUCGUAAAGCAAUCACAGAAAUGAUUAGCUGGAUGAACAAUGUGGAGCAUCAAACUGAGGAUGAAGACUCUGUGCAUUCACUAAGUUCAGCAUCUCACGUUAAAAAUCUUCUUCGGAAGUACAAGGAGUUCCGAAUGGAAAUGGACUAUAACCAGUGGAUAGUUGACUUUGUUAACCAGUCUUUACUUCAGUUAAGCACCUGUGAUGUAGAAAGCAAGCGCUAUGAAAGAACAGAGUUUGCAGAACACCUGGGGGAGAUGAACCGCCAGUGGCACCGUGUACACGGAACACUGAAUAGAAAGAUACAGCAUCUAGAACAACUUUUAGAAAGUAUCACUGAGAAUGAGAACAAAAUACAGGUUUUGAACAACUGGAUGGAGGCACAGGAAGAGAGACUGAAAAUUUUACAGAAACCUGAAAAUGUGAUCUCGGUCCAGAAGCUGCUCCUGGACUGUCAGGAUAUAGAAAAUCAACUUGCAAUUAAAUCCAAAGCACUGGAUGAGCUGAGACAAAGUUACCUGACUUUAGAAAGUGGGGCAAUGCCAUUGUCAGAAGAUACAACAUCUGGAAUUGACAGGUUAUUUGAAAAGAGGAACAGUGUUAUCAACCAGGUCAAUGAGCUCAAAGCCUCCAUGCAGUCAGUUUUACAGAAGUGGAAGACUUAUGACAGACUCUAUGAUGAAGUGAAUAUGAUGACAGUCCGAUUCUGCUACUGCAUGGAACACAGCAAGCCUGUGGUGUUAUCAUUGGACGCUUUGAGAUGCCAGGUUCAGAACCUUCAGUCUCUUCAAGAUGAAGCUGAGAGCAGUGAAGGGAGUUGGGAGAAACUCCAGGAGGUUAUUGGCAAACUCAAAGGUUUCUGCCCCUCGGUUGCUGAAAUAAUCGAAGAGAAAUGCCAAGAUACUCAUACAAGGUGGACCCAAGUAAACCAAGACAUUGCAGACCAGCUGCAGAAGGCCCAGAGUCUGCUCCAGCUCUGGAAGGCGUAUAACAGUGCUCAUGCUGAAGCCACAGCAAGGCUACAGCAGCAGGAAGCAAAGUUUCAACAGCUCGCAAACAUCAACAUGUCUGGAAACAACCUGGCAGAGAUCCUGCCCCCAGCCCUGCAGGACAUAAAGGAGCUGCAGCAUGAUGUACAGAACACAAAGGAUGCCUUUCUCCAAAAUUCCACUCUCCUGGAUGGACUCCCACAACCUGAGGAGUCCAGCCCCCACUCUGGUCACCUGUACUCCCUCCAAAGGGCUGCUUAUUUGGAAAAGAUGCUGCUUGUGAAAGCAAAUGAAUUUGAGUUUGUUCUAUCACAGUUUAAGGAUUUUGGGGACCAGCUGGAAUCUUUAAAAGGUCUUAUUGUGCACGAAGAAGAGAAUUUGGAUAAACUGUACCAGCAGGAAAAAAAAGAAAAUCCCGACUUAUUCCUGAAUCACGUGCUGGCACUGACAGCCCAGUCACCUGAUAUUGAACAUUUGAAUGAAGUGAGCCUCAAGCUCCCACUUACUGACGUCGCCGUCAAGACACUGCAGAACAUGAACCGGCGGUGGAUUCGGGCCACAGCGACGGCACUGGAGCGCUGCAGUGAGCUUCAGGGAAUUGGAUUGAAUACAAAGUUUCUCUAUUGCUGUGACAAGUGGAUCCAACUUUUGGAGAAGAUAGAAGAGACGCUCAGAGUGAAUAUUGCUGACAACCUUCCAGCUCUCCUGGAACAGCAGAAAACAUAUGAGAUGUUAGAAGCUGAAGUUUCUAUAAACCAGACCAUUGCAGAUGCUUAUGUCACUCAGUCCUUACAACUACUGGACACAACAGAAAUAAAGAACAGGCCAGAAUUUGUUUCGGAAUUCUCAAAGCUGGCAGCCCAGUGGCAGAGUGCUGCCCGGGGCGUUCGGCAGAGGAAGGGUGACAUUGAUGUGCUGGUGAGACAGUGGCAGUACUUCACUACGUCCGUGGAGGACCUGCUCCGCUUCCUCACCGACACCAGCCAGCUGCUGUCUGCAGUGAAGGGCCAGGAUUGCUACAGCCUCUACCAAACCAGAAGUCUCAUCCAUGACCUGAAGAAUAAAGAAAUCCAUUUUCGAAGGUGGCAAGCCACCUACGCACUAACCUUGGAAGCUGGGGAAAAGUUACUGAACACAACUAACCUGGAGACUAAAGAGUCGAUUGACAAGCAACUCGGCCAACUUCAGAACAACUGGAAGGACACAGAGGUCCAGCUAGCAGAGAUGAUUAAGCAGUUCCAGAACAUCGUAGAGACCUGGAACCAGUGUGAAAAGAAAAUCAAAGAGUUGAAAAGCAGGCUGCAAGUUUUAAAGGCACGAAAUAAAGAUCCUCUUCCAGAACUUCAUGAGGAACUCCAUAAAGAAAAAGAGCUGAUUAAGGAAUUAGAGAAGUCUUUGACCAACUGGACUCAGAACUUGAAAGAACUUCAGACUAUGAAGGCAGACGUAACCCAGCACAUUCUUGUGGAAGACGUGAUGGUUUUGAAGGAGCAAACGGAACACUUGCACAGACAAUGGGAGGACCUCUGCUUAAGAGUGGCUAUACGCAAACAGGAGAUUGAAGACAGACUCAACUCAUGGAUCGUGUUCAAUGAAAAAAAUAAAGAGUUGUGUGCGUGGCUGGUGCAGAUGGAAAACAAAGUUCUACAGACAGCGGAUAUUAGUAUUGAAGAAAUGAUUGAGAAGUUACAGAAGGACUGCAUGGAAGAAAUAAACUUGUUCAGUGAAGACAAGUUACGGUUGAAGCAAAUGGGUGACCAGUUGGUCAAGGCCAGCAACAAGGCAAGAUCAGCGGAGAUUGAUGACAAGCUCAGCAAGGUUAAUGACCGAUGGCAACAUCUUUUUGACGUCAUUGGCUCAAGGGUGAAGAAGCUGAAGGAGACGUUUGCUUUUAUUCAGCAGUUAGACAAAAACAUGAGCAACCUGCGCACCUGGUUGGCUCGAAUUGAGUCUGAGCUUUCUAAGCCUGUUGUGUAUGACGUCUGCGAUGAUCAGGAGAUCCAGAAGAGGCUCGCCGAGCAGCAGGAUCUGCAGCGAGAUAUUGAACAACACAGUGCAGGGGUGGAGUCCGUGUUUAACAUCUGUGAUGUCCUACUGCAUGACUCCGAUGCCUGUGCAAAUGAGACCGAGUGUGACUCAAUCCAGCAGACCACCAGAAGCCUGGACCGACGCUGGCGGAACAUUUGUGCCAUGUCAAUGGAGCGGCGCAUGAAAAUUGAGGAGACAUGGCGCCUGUGGCAGAAGUUUUUAGAUGAUUAUUCCCGCUUUGAGGACUGGCUCAAGUCCGCCGAGAGAACAGCGGCCUGCCCGAAUUCCUCAGAGGUGUUGUACACAAAUGCCAAAGAAGAGCUGAAGAGGUUUGAGGCCUUCCAGCGGCAGAUCCACGAGAGGCUCACCCAGCUGGAGCUCAUCAACAAGCAGUACCGGCGGCUGGCUCGGGAGAACCGCACGGACGCGGCCAGCAAGCUGAAGCAGAUGGUCCACGAGGGCAACCAGCGCUGGGACAACCUCCAAAAGCGGGUCACAGCCAUCCUGCGGAGGCUCAGGCAUUUCACCAACCAGAGGGAAGAAUUUGAGGGGACCAGAGAGAGCAUCCUGGUGUGGCUUACAGAGAUGGACCUGCAGCUGACCAACGUGGAGCACUUCUCGGAGAGUGACGCUGAUGACAAGAUGCGCCAGCUGAACGGCUUCCAACAGGAAAUUACAUUAAAUACCAAUAAGAUUGAUCAGCUCAUCGUGUUUGGGGAGCAGCUAAUUCAGAAGAGUGAGCCCCUGGACGCUGUGCUGAUUGAAGAUGAGUUGGAGGAGCUGCACCGGUACUGUCAGGAAGUGUUUGGCAGGGUCUCCCGGUUCCACCAGCGGCUGACCUCCCACGCUCCGGGCCUGGAAGAUGAAAAGGAGGCCUCUGAGAAUGAAACGGACAUGGAAGACCCUAGAGAGAUCCAAACGGAUUCUUGGCGUAAGAGGGGAGAGCACGAGGAGCCCUCAUGUCCUCAGUCCCUUUGUCAUCUCGUGCCCCCAGCACCUGGGCACGAACGGUCUGGCUGCGAGACCCCUGUCAGUGUGGACUCCAUCCCUCUGGAGUGGGAUCACACGGGUGACGUUGGGGGUUCCUCCUCUCAUGAAGAUGACGAGGACGGUCCAUACUACACUGCACUGUCAGAUGUAGAAAUCCCUGAAAAUCCUGAGGCAUAUCUUAAAAUGACCACAAAAACUUUGAAAGCGUCUUCUGGUAAAUCCAUUUCUGAUGGCCACUCAUGGCAUGUUCCUGACAGCCCUUCCUGUCCCAAGCAUCACUACAAACAAAUGGAAGGUGAUAGGAAUGGACCACCCAUCCCUUCAGAUUCCAGCACCCCUUAUAAACCAGGCUAUGUAAAGCUGCUGUUACCUCCAGGCACUGAUGGUGGCAAAGAAGGCCCAAGAGUCUUGAAUGGCAGCCCACAGCCAGAAGACGAGAGACUGGCUGGCAUAGCAGGACAGCCUUCAGGUGCCUUUGACAGAUGGGAGCUAAUUCAAGCACAAGAGCUUCACAAUAAACUCAGAAUAAAACAAAACUUGCAGCAGCUGAACUCUGAUAUUUGUGACAUCACCACUUGGCUGGACAAAACUGAAACAGAGCUGGAAACGUUAAAGUUGGCAAAGCCUCCUUCUGAUAUUCAGGAAAUGGAACUCAGAGUGAAGAGACUACAGGAGAUAUUAAAAGCCUUUGACACCUACAAGGCGUUAGUGGUCUCUGUCAGUGUGAGCGGCAAGGAAUUUCUGCAAACCGAAAGCCCGGAGUCCACAGAGCUCCAAAGUAGACUUCGCCAGUUGAGCCUGCGCUGGGAAGCGGCACAGUGCACGGUGGACAGCUGGAGAGAGGGCCUGCGACAGUCGCUCAUGCAGUGCCAGGACUUCCACCAAUUGAGUCAAAAUCUGCUAUUGUGGUUAGCAAGUGCUGAGAACCGGAGGCAGAAGGCUCAUGUCACCGACUCAAAGGCAGACCCCCAGGAUCUCCUGGAGUGUCAGAAAGAACUAAUGCAACUGGAGAAGGAGCUAGUGGAACGUCAACCUGAAGUAAACUCCUUACAGGAAAUUUCAAACAGUCUUCUUAUUAAGGGGCACGGAGAAGACUAUAUUGAGGCUGAAGAGAAGGUCCAUGUUAUUGAGAAGAAACUGAAACAGUUACUUGAGCAAGUGUCCCAAGAUUUAAUAUCCUUGCAGAGAAGCCAGAACCCCGACCCAUCUCUGCGUGACUUUGAUGAGGUAGAUGCUGGGGACCAGCCUCAGGCCGCGUCUGUGCCACCUCCCCUAGUGAAGCAGUUUGGAGCGGAGAGAACGACAAAAGGCGAGAAUGAGACAGACAGAAGGGUGCCUGGCAUCGCUGGUCCUAGUGGCUCACGGCCACAGCGCUCCUUCCUCUCCCGGGUGAUCAGGGCGGCACUGCCCCUGCAGCUGCUCCUACUGCUGCUCCUGUUCCUGGCCUGCCUGCUGCCCUCCUCUGAAGAAGAUUACAGCUGCACACAGGCCAACAACUUUGCCCGGUCCUUCUACCCCAUGCUGAGGUACACCAACGGGCCACCCCCCACAUAGAGGGCUCACCGGCCCACAGCGCCACACCACCAGCCUGUUUACCACGAGUGCCCUAGACCAAUCUGAGUGACUUAGCAUUGGCAAUGUCCAGGGACCUGCUGCAGACACCUCCCUCUGGGUUUGUCCAGAGUGGUCUCUCUGGGGUCCAGGGCAGUUUUCAAAUGAAUUUCUUCCCUAGAGCAGAGAACCUGUGCAGCAGUUGCCCCAGGCAUUUUGGCAAAACUAGUUGACUGGUUUUGGGAUCUCUGGAAAUGGCAGUUUCCUGAAGAUCCAAGCACUUUGUGAAUUCUGAUUUAUUUGUAAAAUAGCAUUAUUAUAAUGUAGCUAAUAUGGUCAAUGAACACUGGUGUUCAUCACAUAAUUUAUAUUAUAGAAACAAGCAACCAGAUUCGCCUUAGAAAUGGUUCAGAAAUUCACAUGCACCCUUAGCUGAUUGAAACAAUCAUCUUUAAAAUGUUUAGAAUCAAUUUUACUCCAAUCAGCUAGCAAUUUUGAGCUAUAGGUUAUAAACCAAAAUGUUCUGUUUAGUACCUAGGUCUGCUCUUUUAUAUUGCUUUAAAUUUUUAAAGAAAUUAUAUUGCAUGGAUGUGGUUAUUUGUGCAUAUUUUUUUUAAAAAAAGAUGACCGGUAAGGAGAUCUUAACCCUUGACUUGGUGUUGUCAGCACCACGCUCACCCAGUGAGCCAACUGGCCAUCCCUAUAUGGGAUCCGAACCCAGGGCCUUGGUGUUAUCAGCACCACACUCUCCCGAGUGAGCCACAGGCCGGCCCAUUUGUGCAUAUUUUUUAACAAUGCUGAAUCUGUAUCAAUACUGUAAACUUUGACUUUUUAAAAAAAUCAGAUUUUAGCUUGAGCUUUUGACUAAUGUACAGUAAAUGCCAAACUACAGACUUGAUAGGGAUGUUUUUGUAAGUUGAUUUUCUAAGACUUUUCACAUUGAAAGUGACACUUCAGGUUUUGUUUAACUGUUUAGCCAUGGGGGGUUGGUACAGAAACUUGAAGCUGUUUGUAAGAUGUACAACUCAGAUGUUUCUCAUUAAAAAACAAAAUUAGCCA